UAUAUAUAUAUAUGCCUCUGUGUGUGCUGUGUGCACUGUUUAUAGGCCUAUAUACAUUUGUAGAUCGCCUAUGUAGAUAUGUGUACAUAUGAAGACACGUUUGCUUUAGAAAAUAUGAAAACUGUUUAUUACAGUGCCCGAACAGUGUAAGUGUGUACAAGAGAUUUAAAAGUUUAGAAAAAGAAAUUGUGCUUGCUGCCUGUGGCUCCGCCUCGACGUGGGCGUUGACGUCACAUUACUACCCAUCAAUCAGCCUAUAUUGAUCUGUCAGUUUGAGUACUUCUGCUACGGAUUCAUCAUCAGCCGACUGGAGAGCUUUGAGAAAGGUCUCAAUACAAUGAUGGAGAUGAACUCUACCUCUUCCAAUCACAGCAAUACAACACAUGUAUCUGAGUCUGUUGACCAGCAUGCUGAGCUGAGAAAGUCUCUCUACACAAUGACUCUGAUUGUUUACUGCCUGGCCUUUGUUCUCGGUGUGCUCGGGAAUGGAGUGGUUAUCUGGGUGACCGGGUUCAAGAUGAAGAAAACAGUUAACACAGUUUGGUUCCUCCACCUUGCUGUGGCCGACUUCUUCUUCACAGCAAUCCUGGCCCUGAGUGUGACGUACCUGGCUUUGGAUUUCCACUGGCCUUUCGGCAAGUUCAUGUGCAAACUGAACAGCACAUUAAGCUCCCUGAACAUCUUUGCCAGUGUUAAUAUUCUGAUGGUGAUCAGUGUGGACAGAUGUGUUUCUGUGGUGUGGCCCGUCUGGGCCCAGAACCACCGAAGUGUACGCAAGGCGUCCUGUGUGAGUCUGGGUGUUUGGGUACUGGCUCUGAUUCUCAGCACUCCAUACUUUGUCUUCAGGGACACUGGGUCAUCACAUAACAAUGACGACAUCAUCAACUGCUUCAACAACUUCGCCCUUUCUGAUGAUUAUGAAAACCUGUCUGUGUUUCAGCUGGCACAGUUUCGUCAUCAGGCCGUGACCAUCACCCGCUUCCUCCUGGGAUUUGUUGUCCCCUUCACUGUCAUUGUCUCCUGUUAUGCUGUUAUAAUCCAUCGUCUCAGAAGAAACCGCAUCCUGGCCAGCCAGUCAAAUCACGCCUUUAAGAUCAUCGCUGCUGUUAUCAUCGCUUUUUUCCUGUGCUGGGCUCCCUUUCACAUCAUGGCUCUAAUUGAGAUGGUGAAUGACAUCGCUACUAAUCGAAGUGAAACAUUAGACUAUGUCAUCACUAUUGGGAUCCCUAUAACCACCAGCCUGGCCUUUCUCAACAGUUGCUUGAACCCACUGCUGUAUGUGUUCAUGGGCCAAGAUUUCAAGGAUAACAUCCGCAAAUCCAUCCUCAAUGUAUUUGAGAAUGCUGUCAAGGAGGAGGUUUCUUGACUCACAGCAGUGCAUUCACUCUGCACCAUUUUAGAGCUAAAGGCUAUUGUAAAAUGACAUUUCCUGGACAAAUAAGAACCCAGCAGUCAUUUAAAAAUAGGUAUUACAUCAGUUUCCAUCUGUCAGAAAACAACAGAUUUUAAUUACCAAUCUCUUGCCUGUAUGUGACAGCAAGGAAAACACAAAGUCCCAGUUGUUUUUAGGUCAUACGAUGAUUGUUAUUGUAGUUUUUAUUGCUAUCAUUAUUUUCUAUUAUUAAAAUAACAGAUACAAGAUAUCCGCUUUUGUUGCUCAUAGUCUUUCUAAUUAUUAUUAUAGACUUUCUUCAGAAUAUUGAGUGACCAGCAGAGGGAACUGUUUUACAUAUUUCAGUACAGGCCAGGUCAUUGGCUAAUUGAUCAGGUCUUGAAAAGAGUUCUGCCUCUUAACUUCACCUACAAUACUUUCAAUAUGGUAGAUCGGAUAGAUGGUAAUAUUGUACAAUAAAUUGUAGAUCCAUUUGUGAUGCAUUUGUGGGAUGAAUCAUUUUGAAACAAUGGAAAGAUGAAAUGUUUUUUUGUUGAAAAGUGUAUUUAUAUAGCCCUCCUCCGAACCAGAAAAACAAAGUGCUAUCCAAGGGGAAAAAAGAAUGAAAUCAGAAAAAGUAUAACACACACAUAAAAUCCAAACAUGCAGACAAAUUUGCCCACAUUGAAUAACCUGUAGAGCAAGUGUCUACAUUUACCUUCGGAGUGACAAUGGUACUUCUUCUCUAUGCUCUUUGACUCACAGCAGUGCAUUCAGUCUGUACCAUACUAGACCUGGUGGAUAUGUGAUAUGUGGGUGCCAUCUUUUUGACAAGAGAAAUCAGUCAUAAUUUCAAAAUAGGUAUUACAUUAGUUUAUGGUUGAAUAUGUGCACAAUACAAGCAACAAAAACAUUAGAUUUGUUUGACAAAGGGAACUGUGUGUUUUCCCUCUGUCACAUACUGUACACUCCACAUGUUGAUAGUAUAUCUGUGCCUGUACGUUACAGCAAAGAAAACAAGCAACAAAACAAGUUGUUUAUAGGCCAUAAUUGUCGACUGUAUUGAUAAUUAAAAGGCUGGCACAUCAACUAAUAACAUAGUAAUAGAUUUUGCCACAUUGUGCCUUACUUGCCAUAGAAUAUAGUAGGCUGUAAACUAAUGUAUAGAAGAGAUUUAACUGAAUGUAGAAUAUACAGUGUGAAAUAGUGUCGCUGAGUCGCUGUACUAACAGGCUUAUAGCAAGUUAGUUUCCCAACUUCCCCCUCACACCCAACUCAACCCAGCCACUGAUCACGUUAUGUGUGCACUUGACAAAAUUUGGCACAUGACAGGGACCACACAGGCCAUCUUUGGGUACAUACAAAGUGAAAGUGAAGUGGUCAAGUGCUAGGUUUAGUAUAGCUCAUUUUGUCUGUAUAGUAAUGUUUAUUAAAUAAAUCACCCUGAAAUGUUUAUUUCUCAUGCUGCCUGCCAUGUGACUUUUGACUGCUACAUGUCCACUGCAUGCUUUGAUAAACAACUUGUUUACAUUUGUUAUUCAGCACAGGGAAAGGCUAAUGUAAGUCUAAUAAAUAAAUAUUAUAGUAACUAUGAGAUUAUUAUGCUUGCAGUAGCAGCUGCAUUGUAUACUUAGUUUAGUUGGACCUUUCAUCAUUGUUAGUUGUUUGUUUUGUUUUUUUUAAAUUAUUUUUUUGUUAUUUUAUGCUUUUAUUUGAUAGUUAUAAUAGAGAGAGAGGAAGUGUGGGAAAAGAGAGUAGGGGAAUGAAAACAAUGUCAAUGGUGAUUUGAUUGUUUUUUGCUGUUGUUUUUCAGCCCUAGUGGCCAACUCUACUAAGGGUUUAUAAAUGUUGAUAAUGAUGAUAACUGUUAUUGUGAUUCUUCUUGUUACCAUUAUUAAAAUAUUAUUCGGACUUGA